AUGAUGGGCACAGACCUGGUAGUGCUGCUGUUGCUGCUCCUGGUGCUGGCACUAGCUAGACGCUGCAGGGGUGCGCGGGUCACUCUGAGGCGGAGUGCCCUGCCUCCCGGGCCCGCGCCGCUCCCAGUGCUGGGGAAUUUACUGCAGCUGCAGCCUAGACGCCUGGACCAGGCACUGAUGGAGGUAGAACCGAAUUCUGGCUUCGUGGAGCUCCCAGCCUGCUGGGGCCCUGUGUUCACUGUGCGCCUUGGCCCGCGCCCUGCGGUGGUGCUGUGCGUCUACGCAGCGCUGCGGGACGCAUUGGUGCUGCAAGCCGACACCUUCUCCGGCCGCGGGGCCAUGGACGUCUUCGAACUCUUCACACGCGGGAACGGUAUUGUCUUUUUUAAUAGGCCGCGCUGGCAGACGCUGCGCAAUUUAGCGCUUGGAGCCCUAAAGGAGUUCGGCUUGGGUACGCUGACCAUCGAGAAGCACGUCCUGGAAGAGGCGGCUUGUCUGCUUAGCGAAUUUCAAGCCACCAUUGGUGCAGCCCAGCCGGGAAAGCUGAGGGGCCUGGUGCGGCUACUGGAUAAUGCUGUGUCCAAUGUCAUCUGUUCCGUGGUCUUCGGAAACCGCUAUGGCUACGGGGACCCGGAGUUCCUGAGGCUCCUGGAUCUUUUCCAUGACAACUUCCGCAUCAUGAGUUCCAGAUGGGGCGAGUCUCUCCACAGGGAAAUUGAGGCCGACCGGCCUUGUCAAGGUCCUACUGAGAUCCUAUCUCCCCAAAUGUACAACAUUUUUCCCUCUCUGCUGGACUGGUUCCCGGGCCCACACCACCGAAUCUUACGAAACUUUGCGGAGCUGCGUGUUUUCAUCUCCGAAAAAAUCCAGUCGCACAGGCAGACCCGGCAGCUCAGGGAGCCUCGCGAUUUCAUCGACUGCUUUCUCGACCAGAUGGAUAAGGAACGGCAGGACGCAGAGAGCCAUUUCCGGGAGGAGACUUUGGUGAUGACGACGCACGACCUUUUCUUCGGUGGCACCAAGACCACGAGCACCACCCUGCGCUAUGGGCUCCUCAUUCUGCUCAAGUUCCCACAGGUGGCAGGUCUGCGAGAUACGGAGGCCCUGGAUGACGGGCUGGGACUUAGGGAUGGCUGGGGAUCCGAGCACACGCGGCUCACAGCCUCUGCCAGCCCCAGCGAAGGCACAGGCGGAGCUGGAUGCCGUGGUAGGUCGGAUGAGCUCCCCCCCCACCCCGCCCUGACCCCGAGCCUGGAGAACCGCGCUUGCCUGCCCUACACCAACGCCGUGCUGCGUGAAAUCCAGCGCUUCAUCAGCGUGCUGCCCCUGGGGCUGCCGCGCGCCCUCACCCGCGACGCCCACUUUUGCACAGUCCCCAAGGGCACCUUCGUGAUUCCCCUGCUUGUGUCUGCGCACCGCGACCCCACCCAGUUCAAGGACCCAGACCGCUUCAACCCCACCAACUUCCUGGAUGACAAGAGCGAGUUCAGGAGCAACGAGGCCUUCCUGCCUUUUGCCCCAGUUCUGCCUGCUCCCUGUGGGAAGCCUGCCAACAUCGACCUCACACCACAGUACACAGGCCUGGGCAACGUCCCCCCAGGCUUCCUGCUCUACCUGGUGGCCCGCUGA